AUUAAAUUAAUAACAGUGUCUCCCCUCUACAGCAACCCAAACCAAGGAGCAGUUUUCCUGACAAAGAGUAAACAAUGUAUUUGUACUUAAAUUCAUGGUGAAGCAAAGAGUUGCAACUGGUGCUGCUUGGUCUUCAUCUCUAGGAACUCUCCUUUGCUUGGAAAUGGCUCUGGUGUGUUUGUCAGACUUUGAAGCUUAUGCUAAAAAGCAUCUUUCCAAGGCAGUUUGGGAUUUUGUGGCCGGUGGAGCAGAUGAAUGUUGGACCCGGGAUAACAAUCUUAUGGCAUACAAGAGAAUCUAUUUACGGCCACGUUUGCUGCGAGAUGUGUCAGCUGUGAACACAAAGACCACCAUUCUUGGCACUGAGAUCAGCUUCCCAGUAGGGAUUGCCCCCACUGGCUUCCAUAAGUUGUUUUGCCCUGAUGGAGAGCAGAGCACAGCAAGAGCAGGUGCAGCCAUGAAUACAUGCUACAUUGCCAGCACUUAUUCCACAUGCUCUGUGGAAGAAAUUGCUGCUGCCACCCCUGCUGGUCUCCGCUGGUUCCAGCUCUACAUCCACCGGAGGAGAGAUCUCUCUGAGCAGCUAGUGCGGCGGAUGGAAGCCUCGGGGUUCCAGGCCCUGGUAGUCACGGCUGAUCUGCCAUACACUGGCAAAAGGCGGGAAGACAUGCGAAACAGUUUGCAGUUCUUAUCUUCUAUGACACUGAAGAACUUUGAAGGUGCCUUUGAGGAAAAUGAUCACUCAGAGUAUGGUCUACCCCGGGACUCUAUAGACCCCUCUGUUAGCUGGAAGGAUAUCGCUUGGUUAAAGAGCCUGACACACCUGCCUCUCAUCAUCAAGGGGAUUCUGACAAAGGAAGAUGCAGAACUGGCAGUAAGACAUGGAGUUCAAGGGAUUAUUGUAUCCAACCAUGGAGGAAGACAACUGGAUGGGGUACCUGCAACUAUUGAUGCUCUAGUUGAAGUUAUAGCAGCUGUGCAAGGAAAAGUGGAAGUUUACCUGGACGGUGGGAUACGAACAGGAAGCGAUUUACUGAAAGCAUUAGCCAUUGGGGCAAAAUGUGUCUUUAUCGGAAGGCCUGCCAUUUGGGGUCUGGCUUAUAAGGGUGAAGAAGGAUUGAUACAAGUUUUGAAGAUUUUAAAAAAUGAAUUUUCCUUGUCAAUGGCCCUGGCUGGUUGCAGAAAUGUUUCAGAAAUUGACCAGCGUUUGGUUCGGUACUCCAGACUGUGAACGAUGCUCCUGCAGUGCUCACCCAACAGAAAAGAUCUGGCACUACGAAGUCCUCCAGUGAUUGGGAAGAAUAAAGACUAGCUAAUACGUCAAAACACAUCCUGUCAUUCCACAGCAACUUCCAGUCCUGUUCAAUAUGUGGAACAAAGCAGCCUUUUUAAUUAUGAGUGGCUAAAUGGAUUGUUCAGGACAUCUAUUUGCAGCAAGCUGUAAGAAAUCAUGAGUGACACAGUAUGACAAAUUAUCUCAACAACCUUUCUCAUGAUGACUCUGCUCUGUGCCUCCAUCCCUGGGGAGAGAGUGCUGGAAUCACAAACUUUUACCAGUGUGGUAAAGGGAACAAUGAUAUAUUUUAUGUAUUAUCAGAAGUUUACAAAAUCAGUGACAUCUGAAAUCAAGUCCUGAUUUAGCAAUGCAUCAAGCACCUGGAUAUUAUCAUAUUCUCAAGCUUGCCAAAUGAAAAAAGAAACAAUUUCUGCACAACUUUGUCCAUUUCAGUAUACAGGAGAAAAUCCUAAUUGGUUGUUUCCAUAAACCCUAGCAAGACCAGCUGCUAAACUGCUUAUUUCCCAGCCAGUUGUGGAUUGAAUGCCAAAAUUAGAAUGUAUAUUUAAAAUGGAAUAAUGAAAACUCAAAGCUGUUGUGCACUGUUAAGGCAUCUUGUGUUCUGAAGAAAUGAAUAUGUGAAUCUA